AUGGCUGCUUCUUCUCAGUUAAAGUAUAUCGAUAUUGGUAUCAAUUUUACUGAUCCCAUCUACCGGGGUGAAUACCACGGUACCCAACGUCACGAAAAUGAUUUUGAAGAUGUAAUUCAGCGAGCCGUCGAUGCUGGCUGCAAGAAGUUCAUGGUCACUGGCUCAGACCUCGAGGAGUCCAAGCACGCCAUCGAGAUAGCAAAAGCGCAUCCAGGGCUAUGCUAUGCCACUGUAGGCGUACACCCUUGCUCGGCAAAACACUUCGACAAGCACCCCGGUGGCCCCUCCGAGCUUCUUUCUGCCCUUAAAGCCUUGGCCAUUGAAGCCAAGGAAGCAGGCCAUGCGGUUGCGUUUGGAGAAAUAGGACUCGACUAUGACCGUCUCUUUCUGACGCCAAAGGAGCCGCAGCUCAAGUACUUUGAAGCGCAGCUGGAAAUCGCUAUUGAAGUGCAGUUGCCACUCUUCCUCCAUUCGCGUGCUGCGAGCGAGGACUUUGAGAGGCUCCUGACUGCCAAGCUUGAUCAGCUACCGAAAAGAGGUCUUGUGCAUAGCUUCACUGGAACAGUAGAAGAAAUGCAGCGGCUUGUGGAGCUAGGCUUCGACAUUGGUGUUAAUGGAUGUAGCAUGAAGACGGACGAAAAUAUCUCAGUUGUCAAACAAAUUCCACUGGAGCGUCUGCAGAUUGAAACAGACGGCCCAUGGUGCGAGAUGCGACCCAGCCAUGCAUCGGCUAAGUUCCUCACAGACGCACCCCCUUUGCCAAAGGCAGUCAAGAAGGAGAAGUGGGCCAAAGGCAUGAUGGUCAAGGGGCGAAAUGAGCCAGCUACAAUUCCACAUGUCGCAUACGCCAUUGCAAAGAUCAAAGAGAUCGAUGUGGAGGAGGUUUGUGAUGCUGCCUGGAGAAAUUCGAUCAAGAUGUUUGGAUUGGGCGAGACGGCGUAA